AUGGACGUGCCAGAGACAUCCAAAGGCCCAAUACACCAAGAGGAUGCUUGUCCAUUAGAUGAGGCUGAUCCUACAGAAGAGGGCCAGGGUUGCUGUUCCCCUGCCGCGGAAGGCCCCGAUCCAGACGCUGCCCAGUUAGGCACUCCAGAAUCGGUGCCCUCAGUACCCUUGCAGCCGCCCGCUUUGACGGAGACUUCUGUGCCGCCGGUGGCCGACCUGUGCCAUCCGCGCCCCUCCAAAGUCUCGCUGGCCGAGAUGGAUUGCCUCAUCUGCUUCAACCGGUACAGCGCCUGCCGCCUGCCCAAAGUCCUGGCCUGCCAGCACGUCUUCUGUGCUGUCUGUUUGAAGCUCAUCCUGCGGAACGAAGACCACACCUGGGUCGUCAGCUGCCCGCUCUGCCGGAAGGCCACCGUCGUUUUCGGAGGCUUGAUCUGCAGCCUUCACGACAAGGAGGACGUGGUGGGCCGGCUGGGCAGCCCCGGCUUGGACGCUGAGGUCCCCUGUCCGCCAGACCCUCCUGGCACUGGCCUGGCUGAGGGCAACCCCGCCUCUGAGAAUGAUGCCAUCAGGGGACCAAGCCGGGCAGCGGCCAAGAGGCUGGUGCUGCUCCUGCUGCUGGUGGCUGUCCUUAUCGUCUUGGUCCUCCCCUUCAUGUACACGGGGAUGUUGAAGUGGGUGCUAUGCUCUGUGGUGGUCCUGGGGCUCAUCAUGUCAGUGCUGCUUUGCUGCAACCCCAGCUGGAGCUGCCCAGAUCUCUUGCGGUCUCCCUGGAGGUGGAAGGAGAGACAGGCGGCGCCGGUUGCUUGA